AGGCCUUCUGAAAUACAAACAGCACGAAGCCGCUCGUCACUACAGCUUUCUUUCAAGACAUCGAUAUUUUUUCGUCGUAGCUUCCUAACAAGAUGCAGCCUGUCAUCCGUCGUUUUACCAGCAGCUGUCGCAGGGGCUGCAUAAUGCCUCCUGCAGGACUACAGCCAGCUUCUGUUCCUUACUGCCACAAAACCACCUCCACCUCGCAUCUUCAAGUACGUUACUUCGGCGCUCACACUGGGGUGGUGCGGGGGUUGGUGUUCAAAAAACAGUUUGGUUUCAUCGAGCCGCACUCCAGCUCCCUGCGUACGGACGACGGGAAGGACCUGAUGUUCACCUUCUUCAAUCUGAAGGACGGACGGAUUGCGGAGGUGGGGGACGAGGUCUCUUUCGACGUCCAGGAAAAUCCGGUUAAGCCCGGUCGACAAGAAGCGGUCAACGUGGAGGGCGGCACCGGGCGCAUCUGGCAAGCGCGCAACCCCCGCGCGGGCAGGAUAUUCGGGGGACCGGAGACCGCGACGCGGGAGCAGGGGACGACGGGGAAUAACAGUGCGGAGCCUACGACGGCAACCGCGACUGCCGCAGAAGGAUCGUCGUAGAAAGGCGCUUGCUGGUUCGUUCGUUGGUGUUGCUGAUCACGCAGGAUGAAUGUACAGAGAAACCCCUGAACAACUCGACCUGAAAAUGAGAUUAUGAAUGCGCCGCCGGGCGUUCGACCGAGACCGAAAAAGAGAUUAAUGAAAAUCGUGAAGCAUAAAGAACAGUUUCUUUCAGCUUCACUGGAAGAAGGAAGAAGUCCUUACUUAUGAAUGGAGAAUGUGUUGCGCAAUGCGGCCGGGUAGAUCUGAUCUACGUGUAAUCUUCAUUCAAUGCUGUUGCUGCGCCAGUUUUUGGGACGCAGACUUUGACGUCGUCGUCUGUGUUAGUGUUGCAAUAUUAUCGUAU